AUGAAGUUGGAUGAUCUAUACACAGAUAAGCAAUUGAUAUGCAAUAGUCCUAUAUCAGAUAUAUGCAAAGCCAAACCGAAAACCACUAAUGCAUCUACAUCAGAUUAUGUGUGUUUAAAAAUUGUUGAUGUUGAUUUCAAGAUCCCACCACAUUCAAUUAGACGAGAAAUCAAAGCUAUUAAAGCGUUACAAGAUCAUGAUGGGAUAGUAAAGUACAUUGAUGAUUUUCAAAUUUAUGAGGAUGUCAUACUAGUGUUGGAUUACUAUCUGUAUAACUUGAGUCAAUUAAUGAAGCAUAAGAAAUAUUGUCGUAAACGGACACGAUAUAACCUAGAUGGCGGUGAAGGAUCUAAUGAAUUGAAAUACAUAUUAUCGAACAUAAUCCCACAAUCACAAGCAAAACAAUUUGUCACUAAUUUGAUAUCAGCGGUCAAAUUCAUUCAUGCAAACGAUAUAAUUCAUCGUGAUUUGAAACCGAGUAAUUUGUUAUUUAUAAAUGAUGAUAUAACACACCCUGUAAUUGCUGAUUUUGGAGUUUGUUACAAUCUAUUGGACCCACCUCAAGAUGAGCCAUUGAUGCAGAAAUAUACUGAUGUGUGUACUGGUAUUUACAAGUCACCGGAAUUGUUAUUAAGUGUAACUAAUUAUUCAUUCGAAGUUGAUAUUUGGUCAAUUGCGAUCGUCUUGACUGUAUUUUAUUCACCAGAUUUCAAGAGUGUAUUAAUACGAGAAGACCAUCUGGGGGGCGGAGGGGAAGGAGGGGAAGGAGGAAAUAACGAUGAUGAAGAAUUGAAUGACGAGUCUAAUAUAAGUGAUUUACAUUUGUUAAGCUGCAUAUUUAAAGUGUUUGGUACCCCAUCUUAUAAUAGAGAUGACGUUGGAACUGAUGAGGAAAGAGAGGAAUUGUAUUGGCCAGAAUUGGAUGACGAUAAUUUACAUUUCAAAAAGUUCAAUUUGAAAAAGUUUAAAAGAAUGGGUUUGGCGGAGAUUAUACCAAAAUGUGAAGAUGAAGAGGUUAAGCAAUUGUUUCAAAAGAUGACUCGUUAUGAUAGAAUAAAACGACUGAUUGAUUGA